GUUCAGUCAAGCUUGACAAAGUUACAGCAGAGAAAGUGAGUUGCUUUGGGCUCCUGGUGAGCUCGGACAAGCCCAAUGUCCUCUCUCGCAACCCGUACGCUUGCUCGAUCAACUCGUUCUGCUCUCCGGCAAAGCAGAGCUCCACUUUGCAACAGCUCCUACACAGCCCAACGAUCACUCAGACCUCAGUCCUUCCAGCAGAUCCCCCGACAGACAACACGAGCAUUCUCAGCAGCGAUGAAUCCAAAAUCGGAUGCAAUGGCCGCCCCCGCCGCUCCACAAGAGUUCGACAAGGAGAUUGUGGAGAUGGCCAAGUAUGCACAUAGUUACAAUGUCGACAGUGAGCUCGCUAUUGACACUGCUCGAUUCGUCUUCUUGGACACUCUUGGCUGUGGUCUUAAAGCCCUCGAAUUCCCACAGUGCACCAAGCUGCUCGGCCCGGUCGUACCAGGCACCACUGUUCCCAAUGGCACUCGCGUACCAGGUACACCAUACGUCCUCGAUCCCAUAUUAGGGGCCUUCAACAUCGGCGCCAUGAUCAGAUGGCUGGACUUCAACGACUGCUGGCUCGCAGCUGAGUGGGGUCACCCUUCGGACAACCUUGGUGCCAUCCUUGCAGUUGCGGAUUGGGUCAACCGGACGAACAAGGCGGGCGGCGAGAAACUCGCUGGAGGCAAGAUCUUCACUGUCAAGGAUGUCCUCGAGGCUAUGGUGAAGGCACACGAAAUUCAGGGUUGCAUGGCGCUUGAGAACAGCUUCAACAAAGUCGGCCUCGACCAUGUUGUCCUUGUCAAGGUUGCAUCGACUGCCGUCUGUGCUCAGAUGCUUGGACUCUCAGAAGGGCAGGUUCGGGACGCCAUUUCGCAAGCGUGGGUUGACGGCCAAAGCAUGCGUACAUACCGCCACAGCCCCAACACCAUGAGCCGCAAGUCCUGGGCCGCCGGUGAUGCAUGCCAGAAGGCUGUGAACCUGUGCUUGAAGGUGAUGGGUGGCGAAGGUGGCAUGGCAACCGUUCUAACGGCGCCGACCUGGGGUUUCUACGAUGUCAACUUCCAUGGCAAGCGUUUCGACUUCCAGCGACCAUACGGCAGCUACGUCAUGGAGAACGUCCUUUUCAAAGUGUCCUAUCCGGCCGAGUUCCACUCACAGACCGCCGUUGAAGCGGCACAGCGAAUCAAUAAGAAGCUUAAGUCCAUGGGCAAGACGGCAGAGGACAUCGAAGAUGUCACCAACCGCACACACGAGGCUUGUAUCCGUAUCAUCGACAAGCAGUUCAAGCCUAUGGACAACUACGCCGACCGUGACCACUGCGUGCAGUACAUGGUCUCCGUCAUGUUCUGCUACGACAGACUUGAGGCGAGCGAUUAUCCCGAUAACUCGGAGGCCGCGCAGUCGCCGUUGGUAGAGUCGCUGCGGAAGCGGAUCAAGUGCGUUGAAGACCCGCAAUUCACCAAGGACUACCACGACCCGUCCAAGCGGACCAUUUCCAACGCCUUGACUGUGCGGUUGAAGGAUGGCACAACGCUGGAAGAGGAGGUAGUGGAGGCACCUCUUGGCCACAGGCUCCGGAGAGAAGAGGCCAAGCCGGAGAUCCUGGCGAAGUACUUGCGGCAUUUGGAGCCGCAUUUCCCAAAGGAUCACGUGAAGAAGCUGGUGGAUCUUGGCAACGAUCCCAGCCAACUGUACAAGAUGCCAGUAGACGAGUACAUGGAUUUGUAUGUAAAGGAGAAGAUUUUGUAAGAAAGCGCUGUCUUUGGCAAGGCGUAGGCGAUCCAGAUAGAUGUCGAAUCACUCUAGCGCGGCGGAGUGUUAGCCCACGCAGCCCGCUGAGACUCUGCACUUUGUCAUCCAUAGUGACUGCAUUUCCGUCAUGGAUACCCUCGGAUCCGCACGGCCCAGGCAGGGUAUUGAAUAUCAUGAACUCCCCGCUGCCU